GGGGGAUAGAUGAGAAAUAAAAGGCGGAAAAGACUUUCUGCUAUUUCCCUGUUCUACACAUUCUCCAGUCCGUUAAUGAAGCACUGUCCAAGUUCCGAAAUGCCGAUUUCCCUGUACCGCCAUGUUGGUUCUAGAGGAAACUCGCGAGAUGCUAGUGGGUUCGUAUCGCGAGAUCUCUCGAUUCUCGCGGGACCUUGUUGGCAGAGCAGUUAUCCUGGAUGGCGAAGCCUUGGGUUCCGGGGGCCUGGGACCCGCAACUCUUUCUACAAGAUACCAAGUUGUGCUAGUACAUCCAAUAUAAAUAAUUAAUACCUGAAGUCUCAAUGUAACAUGGACAUUAACAGUGAUGACAGAUAAAUACAGACGCUUGGGAAUCAAAUACUAGGCGAAAAACACUUUUAAAAAGAAAGGAAUUUAGGAGGUUCUAGUAUUCUCCAUGGCUGAAGCUGAGAGUCUGAAACCCUGAUGCUUAAGCUCUAUUCUAGAUCAUAGCUCCAACUCCUUCAGGAUAUAAAGAAAAGAGAUAAUAUUUCCACAAUGAUAGAUCUUUGGUUGUACAGGUUUCCCAAUGAGUGGAUCAUGAUGACCGUAUUGUAGGGACUUGCCAUAGUAUGGCUGCUUCCCGAUCUACUCGUGUUACAAGAUCAACAGUGGGGUUAAACGGCUUGGAUGAAUCUUUUUGUGGUAGAACUUUAAGGAAUCGUAGCAUUGCUCACCCUGAAGAAAUCUCUUCUCAUUCUCAAGUACGAUCAAGAUCACCAAAGAAGAGACCAGAGCCUGUGCAGAUUCAGAAAGGAAAUAAUAAUGGAAGAACUACUGAUUUAAAACAGCAAAGUACUCGAGAAUCAUGGGUAAGCCCUAGGAAAAGAGGACUUUCUUCUUCAGAAAAAGAUACCAUAGAAAGGCAGGCUGUAGAAAAUUGUGAGAGAAGGCAAACAGAACCUGUUUCACCAGUUUUAAAAAGAAUUAAGCGUUGUCUUAGAUCUGAAGCACCAAACAGUUCAGAAGAAGAUUCGCCUAUAAAAUCAGACAAGGAGUCAGUAGAACAGAGGAAUACAGUAGUGGACAAUGAUGCAGAUUUUCAAGGGACUAAACGAGCUUGUCGAUGUCUUAUACUGGAUGAUUGUGAGAAAAGGGAAAUUAAAAAGGUGAAUGUCAGUGAGGAAGGGCCACUUAAUUCUGCAGUAGUUGAAGAAAUCACAGGCUAUUUGGCUGUCAAUGGUGUUGAUGACAGUGAUUCAGCUGUUAUAAACUGUGAUGACUGUCAGCCUGAUGGGAACACUAAACAAAAUAGCACUGGUUCAUAUGUGUUGCAGGAAAAGUCAGUAGCUGAAAAUGGGGAUUCGGAUACCCACACUUCAAUGUUCCUUGAUAGUAGGAAGGAGGACAGUUAUAUAGACCAUAACGUGCCUUGCACAAAUUCAGAAGUGCAGGUCAAGUUGGAGGACCACAAAAUAGUAACUGCCUGCCUGCCUGUGGAACAUGUUAAUCAGCUGACUACUGAGCCAGCUACAGGCCCCUUUUCUGAAAUUCAGUCAUCCUUAAGGGAUUCUGAGGAGGAAGUAGAUGUGGUGGGAGAUAGCAGUGCCUCAAAAGAGCAGUGUAAUGAAAACACCAAUAACGCCCUGGACACAAGUCUUGAGAGUAUGCCAGUCUCUGGAGAACCAGAAUCUUCUGUUCUAGACUGUGUUUCAGCUCAAAUGAUGUCUUUAUCAGAACCUCAAGAACAUCGAUAUACUCUGAGAACUUCACCACGAAGGGCGGCCCCUACCAGAGGUAGUCCCACUAAAAACAGUUCUCCUUGCAGAGAAAAUGGACAAUUUGAGGAGAAUAAUCUUAGUCCCAAUGAAACAAACGCAACUGUUAGUGAUAACAUAAGUGAAUCUCCCACAAAUCCUGAUGAAAUUUCUCAGAAUGAAAAAGGAAUAUUUUGUGACUCUGAAAAUUAUGGGAGUGAAGGACUAAGUAAGCCACCCUCAGAGGCAAGACUUAAUAUUGGACAUUUGCCAUCUGCCAAAGAGAGUGCCAAUCCGCACAAUACAGAAGAAGAAGAUGAUGAUCCUGAUGUUUAUUACUUUGAAUCAGAUCAUGUGGCACUGAAACACAACAAAGAUUAUCAGAGACUGUUACAGACGAUUGCUGUACUCGAAGCUCAACGUUCUCAAGCAGUCCAAGACCUUGAAAGUUUAGGCAAACACCAGAAAGAAGCACUAAAAAAUCCCAUUGGAUUUGUGGAGAAACUCCAGAAGAAGGCUGAUAUAGGGCUUCCAUAUCCACAGAGAGUUGUUCAGUUGCCCGAGAUUGUAUGGGACCAAUAUACCAAUAGCCUUGGGAACUUUGAAAGAGAAUUUAAAAAUCGUAAAAGACAUACUAGGAGAGUUAAGCUUGUUUUCGAUAAAGUAGGUUUACCUGCUAGACCAAAAAGUCCUUUAGAUCCUAAGAAGGAUGGAGAGUCCCUUUCAUAUUCUAUGUUGCCUUUGAGUGAUGGUCCUGAAGGCUCAAACAGUCGUCCUCAGAUGAUAAGAGGACGCCUUUGUGAUGAUACCAAACCUGAAACAUUUAACCAACUGUGGACUGUUGAAGAACAGAAAAAGCUUGAACAGCUACUCCUGAAAUACCCUCCUGAAGAAGUAGAAUCUCGACGCUGGCAGAAGAUAGCAGAUGAACUGGGCAAUAGGACAGCCAAACAGGUUGCCAGCCGAGUGCAGAAAUAUUUCAUAAAACUAACUAAAGCUGGCAUUCCAGUCCCAGGCAGAACACCAAACUUAUAUAUAUACUCCAAAAAGUCUUCAACAAGCAGACGACAGCACCCCCUUAAUAAGCAUCUCUUUAAACCUUCCACUUUCAUGACUUCCCAUGAACCACCAGUAUAUAUGGAUGAAGAUGAUGACCGAUCCUGUUUUCAUAGCCACAUGAACACUGCUAUUGAAGAAGCAUCAGAUGAAGAAAGUAUUCCUAUCAUGUAUAGGAAUUUACCUGAAUAUAAGGAACUAUUACAGUUUAAAAAGUUAAAGAAGCAGAAACUCCAGCAGAUGCAAGCUGAAAGUGGAUUUGUACAACAUGUGGGCUUCAAGUGUGAUAACUGUGGCAUAGAACCUAUCCAGGGUGUUCGGUGGCACUGCCAGGAUUGUCCUCCAGAAAUGUCAUUGGAUUUCUGUGAUUCUUGUUCAGACUGCCUACAUGAAACAGAUAUUCACAAGGAAGAUCACCAGUUAGAACCUGUUUAUAGGUCAGAGACAUUCUUAGACAGAGACUACUGUGUGUCACAGGGCACCAGUUAUAAUUACCUUGACCCAAACUACUUUCCAGCAAACAGAUGACAUGGAAGAGAACAUCAUAUACUAGUCCUCUUCAACACAUAGCAAUGGUAUCAUUGUGAAUUAUGUGCACAGUUUGGAAAGAUUCUCUGCUUUCCCUGAAAUGACACUCACAGCAUGACAGCUUCCUGAGUGUUCUCGUCAAGUCCAGCUCUGCACCGUUGUGGCUCUAGAUCAGUGUUCAGCAGCUGAACAUUCCUGGUGAGCAAAGGGUUUCCCUGGUGAAUUUCUCACCACCACCCUAAAGCCUUUUAGGUGGUGAUCUUAAAUGGGUGAGAUGGAAACGAGAGCACACGUUGAAGAGAGUAAAUUCCAAAGGUUUCAAAGAACUCGGUCAUAAAUAGGAUAAUGAGAAGACAAAGUAUUUAUCUUAAAACAGUUUAGUAGCUUUCAGUUUUGUGAAAAUAGUUUUCGGCACAGAAGCUGACUUCUUAGACAAAGUUUUAACCAAUGAUGGUAUUUGCUUCUAGGAUACACACUUAAAAAGAACUCACUGUCCCAGUGGUGGCCACUGAUGGCCUUUAGUAAAUCGGAGCUGCUUAACCAUAUUGAUGUCUAAUUUCUUUUAACCACAAUGAACUGUCCUUCUUACCAACAGCGAAGCACUACAGGAGGCCGCUGUGGCAUUGCUUCCUUGACCAGCUCAUGGUGUGUGAAUGUUAUACAAUUGUCACUCAGAUAUAUUUUUUAAAUGUAAUGUUAUAUAAGAUGAUCAUGUGAUGUGUACAAACUAUGGUGAAAAGUGCCAGUGGUAGUAACUGUGUAAAGUCUCUAAUUCACAACAUUAAUUCCUUUAAAAUACACAGCCUUCUGCCUCUGUAUUUGGAGUUGUCAGUGCAACUCAUCAAAGAAAACUGCCUAAUAUAAAAAUCAUAUAUAUGGUAAUAAUUUCCCUCUUUUGUAGUCUGCACAAGAUCCAUAAAAGAUUGUAUUUUUAUUACUAUUUAAACAAGUGAUUAAAUUUAGUCUGCGCAGUGAGCAAGAGUUCACAUGCAUUCUUUUAUACUGCUGGAUUUUGUUGUGCAUCAUUUAAAACAUUUUGUAUGUUUCUUCUUAUCUGUGUAUACAGUAUGUUCUUGAAUAAUGUUCAUUUGUCAGGAGAACUGUGAGAAAUAAACUAUGUGGAUACUGUCUGUUUAUAUUAUAGAAUGCUUGUUGUGAGUUCCUUUUGGUUAGAUUUUGGAGUUUUUUUUUACUAGUGUUAAAACAAAAAAGAAAUUCUUUUUAAGGGGUUGCUUUACCUUUUUGUCCUUUAAAAAAAGAGUAAGGACUAUAGUAUUAUGGAAAUGGGUUGAAUGUGAGAAGCUCUGGAAAGGUGGUUAUGUUUUCGCUCAGUGUGUGCUGAGACACUAAAUUAAACUGGGUUACAAAAAGAACACACACCAUGGUUAAAGAAGAAUGCUAUUAUUAAUGCCCAGAUGUGAAAACUAUACUUAGGCUGAAAAAUUUUAUUCUUUUGGAUCAAAGUAAGCCCCCCCUCAUGUGUUUAAACAGAUGGUUUUUGAAGAUCACUGUAUGCACUGACAAUUAUUAUUGACUAUUGGAAGAGAUGAAUAAAUAUUCUAAGAUUAAAUAUUAAUACUUACUUUAGUUUUAGAGUUUUUUCCAAUUUUAAAUCAAGGGGACAUUAUUUACUAGUCCUUCAAUAUUUGUUGUGAGGUACUAAAAUCAUACCUUGAAUUUUUUUAACUGAAAAAAGUAAUAUAAUAUUUUAAAUAUAGAAAUAUGAGGGUUUGAAAAUAAUAUAUUGAUUAAAGAUUACUGAUGAUGCUGAUAAAAUAUAUUGCAUCAGAACAGGAAGUGGACUUAACCUCUCACCCUGGAAUUAUUAGUUGGGAGAAGAGGGAAUUGUUAACAUGGGGGCAUUCUGAUAUUAAAUGUUAAGUGAAUAUGCCAGGAGUUCUGCCUUCAAUUUGUAGCAAGACUGCAGCACUUGAUGGAAACUUGUGUUUUAUAGAAAUAAUACCAAUUGGUUUUGGAGAGCCAUUCAGGUCCAUUCAAAAAGUCCCAUAAAGUAUAAAGUAUGUUUUGGAAGAGGGCUGUGUAUGAUACAGUUCUCAUCUAAACAAUACACAAAAUCUACUUAAAUGUAUUUUUCAAGGGCAGAGAUUUUGAAAAUUUUGAGUAGCAAAGAGCAUUACUUUCCGCUUGAGUAAAGAUCUGUUUAUUUUGCAUUUUCAGCUCCAAGCAUAUAGUCCUCCUGGCUUUUAAAUGCUCUAGAGGGCAUAGUAGUAGUAAUGUGUUGUUGUCAUUUUAAUUGGCGGACUGGAAGAAUGGGCAAGGCUGUCUUUUGCAAGUAGUCCUUUCAUCUCCUAUAAGGAAGUAUGGCCUUUAACAGACAACAUAGACUGAGUUGUUAAAAGCAUUGUAUAUUAAGUGGUAUUUAGUAGGUCAGAUGUAUUUCCUGAGAUAUGUUCAAGUUAUUUGCUAAGAACUGAAGGAACUUUGAAUGACACCUAAAACCACUGCUCUAAGGUUUAGGCAGAAGAGGUUUUGAUUGGUGUGGUGUGCACUAAUAAUAAUAGCAAAUACUAAUGAAGUGCUUACUAUGUGCCAAGCAAGAUAAUGAUAGCAGAUUUAAUUCUCACCACCUUAGGAGAAAGGUGUGUUGAUUAUCCUGUUUUCAUAUGAGGAGAUCUAGCCAGAGAGGUUAAAUAACUUGCUCGGGGUCAUAUAGUUAGUAAAGUUUAACCUAAACAGAUUGCUCCAGAGUCACUACCCAAUUUCUGGAGCAAGAAUAUUCCCUUUGUGUCAGGCGUCACUAAGGUAUUGCAGGUGGAAGUGCGCAGGGGUUGCUUUUCAGUCUUUUUUUCUGGUGUGGUGUGGCUCCUAGAGUUACAAACCUUAGCACAGAAUAGAGAAGCAGAUCUGUGGAUGGGGGAAAAGCACUGAAAUCGUCGGCCAUGGUGAAUUAGAAAACCACACAUACAUAGAAUUUACAUAUUCUGAUUUGACAGCAAACAUGUGAUCAUGAGGCUUUAGGCAAAGUCUCCUGUCUGAGACGAUUUGUUUCCAUGCAUGUUUGGUGCCUCUCACUUAACCUAAUAGUAUGCCUUAUCCAGUUCCCCUUUUGUUUAAAUUACAUUACAGAACAAUUAUAUACUGAGAUAUGAAGAACUUUUUUUUUUUUAAGAAAAUAGUAUAUCACAGGUGGUAAGGAUAAAUACUGUUUUGUGAAAUUCCUUUUUUAGUUGUAACUGUGGCAUGCUGUGUAAACUGUGUUUUUUUAAUGUGGGUAACAGAGUUUGAAAGCCGUUGCUCUAGGUGUACUGGAAGUCUCCAAAUAACAGGUAGUUUUUUUCCCCACAAAGAUUAUGGAGGCAUUGUCAUUUUUAGGUUAUUAAGGGUCUUUAUUUCUUAACUUUAUGAAAUACGCUUCUGUUGAUAUGAUCCCCCCCAUGACUUUUUUUUUUUUUUUAAACUUCUCAUGUAGCCGAUUAAAUGGGUUUUUGAGAGUGGUAUCACAUUUAGCUCCAUGAGGACAGAGACCAUCCAUGUCUGUCUGUAUCCCUAUGGCCUGCCUAGCUCUUGUAGAUUUUCAGUAAAUAUUUAUUGGUAGUAUGAUCGGUGUUUCCAUGAGUUACAUUUUUUCUCCAGGAAGGUAGGAGAGAGAGACCACUUAUGUCUGAGUGUGUCUGUGAGUGCCCAUGUGGGGCCCUUAGAGGGCCUGCCUCAGAGGAUCUUUCCAGGGCUCUGAGAGGACUGAAGAAUUGCAUCCUAUCUCUUCUGGAGGAUGUGGUUCAACCUUGGGCGACUGAGAUUAUACUUCUCUCUGGAUCCCCAGCUAGGCCAUAUAUCUUGAUUCUCUGCCAUGUUUUUAGAGUGAAAGGACACUAGAGUGGAUAUUCUGGGUCCCAGUCCCAAUUGUGAGGCGCACUCAAUAAAUGUUGACUAAAAACCACCUUUUAUUGAACAGUAGGAACUAGUAAAUGAUAUAGAGGUAUAAUUAACUUGUUUAAUCCUCACAACUCCUCUAUGAGGGUGCUUAUUAUUAUGAUCUCUAUAGGGAAGUAACAAAGGUUCAGAGGAUUUAAAUGUUAGCUCUCAAAAAUUGCUAUGCUUUGCCCUUAUAGAGCUUAUAGUCUAAUGCAGCAGAAUAGCAGUAAACAAGUACAUGUGAAAUACUACGUAAAGUUAAGCAGAGAUAAAUGCUGUGAAGAAAAAUAACAGUUAAAGAAAAAUGAUGGAAGAAUGGAGACCUGUCUGUCAUUUUUAGAUGGAAUAAUCAAAGAAUGUCUUGAUGACGAGUGUAAAUUUGAACAGAGACCUGGACGGAGUGAAGGAAUUAGCUUAUGGAUAACCUGGUGGAAGAGGCAGAAGGAUAGCAACAAGGGUCCUGAUGGAGCAAAGAGCUUGGCUUGUUUAGGCAACAUUAAGAGGGCCAGGUAGCUUGAGCCAAAUGAGCAAGAGGAGAGUAUAGUUGAUGGGGUGAUACAAAGUUACAGGGCCAGAGCGGGUGAGGCCUUGAAUGUGGACCACUGUAAAGGAGUUUGGAUCGUGUUCUGAUGUCUUAUUUCCAUACACACAAGGUCUUUUGCUAGGCAAACACCUCUGAGAUCCUUUCCUGCUUUAAAAUCCUGUGACUUUAAAGUAGUGAUGUUAUUUCAAGCCAUCCACAUCAGUAACAUGUUUUAGCAAUCUACUGCAUCUCUAGAUACUCUUCAGGGGCAAAGCCAUUUACCCCUGCUGGUUGGUUGGUUGGUUUUUUUUUUUCAAGUGGGCAGCCAGCUACAGCCAUAAAAGCCAUGGCUGGCCCUGUCUGCUGCCCUGCCAUCUCAUUUCCCUUCCUGAAGCUGUCAGAGCUGUGGUAGGCAUGGACUGUGUUUGCCAGUAUGUGGUAUGUGUUUAAAGAAUGUUAAUCCCUACAAAGAGUCAUUUUGUGUUUUUGGCAUAAGUGAUAAUUUUCAUCCUCUAACUCUCUCAUUUGCUGAAAUGCUCCUUGUGCCCCCUUAUAGAGAGUGUGACAGCUGGGCUAGUAAUGAAGCAUUUGACAACUGUGUGAGUUGUAGGAACAUGCCCCUUUUUGUAAUAGAGGCAUAAUUGUAACCAAAGAAGCUUAAUUUUUUCUUUAGCAAACACGGACAUUUCUGUUUAAGAAUGACUGCUAGAGCAAAAGGAAAUACAAAAAUUACCAUGUAUCAUGAGUACACUGAGAAUUCUCUCUGUAAUAGCUCAAAACUGAUCUAUGGCCAAAAUUAAAACCAUAUGAGCAUAUCCUAAAUUUCAACUAUUACUGUCUUUGCUUCUAAUUCUGUUUGGAAUAAGGCUUCAAGUGCUUUCCAGAAUGAUGUGAGUUACAAAUAAAUAGAAAAAGAGUU